CAGAAAAUUCCUACGUGAGAUGGCGACGCUCUUACGGGAUAACGAAUAUAUAAACGUCAUCUCGCAUCUUGGAAUAUCGGAUGAAGAAAGACAAAACAUAGAAACAACAUUCUACCCGAAAGAAGAACAACGAUAUCAACUUCUGUUACUAUGGAAACGCAAGAGCAAAGAGAAAGGAACUGCAGAUAGAUUAUUAAAAGCACUCCACGCGGCCGAUGUUCCCAAGGUCGAAGAGAAGGCAAGUGAGGCGACGUUGAAAACAUUGACAGCUCCAGAGAUACACACUUCAGAUUCAGCACAUCUCAGUGAUGACAAUCUAUUCUCCAUUUCGUCAACACUGGAACCGAUUUAUUUCUUCACUAUUGGCAACAAGCUGGGAAUUAACCACUCAACGUUAAUGAAGUUGGAACAAAGUCCAGCCAUAACGACCACUUACAAAAUGAUGGCGCUAUUGCAGUGUUGGAGAGACACGACUGAGUAUUACGAACUACUAAGUAUUGAUGCCCUGGUGGAAAUAUUAGACGAGUUAAGACUGUCAGAUGCGAUAGAACAGAUUGGUAAAAUGCUCGGUACCGAUAUUAUACCACCAAGACAGCGGAGACCUUCCCUUCUAGCGAACUAUUAUUGAUUCUGGCAAUGAACCAUCGUACUAUUAAGUCACGUGACUGAACUCGUAUGGAAUAUAUGACAUUAGAAAAUUAUUUAUGUUCUGUCACAUCGAAUAACGAUAGAUGAGUU